CAGCAGCAGCGGCCGGGGCGACAUCCAGUAGUACGGCGCAGCCAUGACGGGCCCGGCGCGCGCGCGCCGCAUCGCGCUCCAUCUCGUGCCCGUCGCGCUCCUGCUUAUCCUGUGGACACCUCAACACACUUCAGCUGUCGUGUGUAACCAAACGAUUUGCGAUUGCAAAGGAAUAAAGGGGAGAAGAGGUGACCCUGGCCCCGUUGGAUUCGUCGGUCUACCAGGUGACUAUGGAGAGGACGGGCCCGAGGGACGCAUGGGGCCGCCAGGCCUGCUCGGCGACGUGGGCGACAUCGGAAACGACGGAGACAAAGGGGAAAGAGGUUUCGACGGUUCCUACGGUCCUCCAGGAUAUCCUGGGCCACAGGGACCCAAAGGAUUACAAGGACUUCAGGGACCUGCUGGGUUGGACGGUUGCAGUGGCAUUGAUGGAAGGCCUGGUUACCCUGGUAUAAUGGGGCCGCCUGGUAAUAGAGGCAUGCCAGGAAAGUAUGGAGAUAAAGGUUUCAAAGGAGAUAGCGGUGAAGGAGGCGCUAAUUCUCGCGGCGUAGUAGGCGACAAAGGUGACUCUGGUUGGCCUGGACCGCCUGGCUUACAAGGUCCCAAGGGUUUUAUGGGAAAUAGUGGACAACGCGGCGACGAUGGUGAUCAGGGUCCAUCGGGUCCUAAAGGCGAACCAGGAUAUAGAGGUGAUCUUGGAGAAGACAAUUUUGGAUCUAAAGGAGACAAGGGAGAAACUGGGGAACCAGGUGAUGCUGGAAAACCAUAUUUACGACCAGCGUUGCCGUUUCAAAAUAACCGAACUAUAGUUGCCAAAGGUCCAGUGGGACCUAAAGGGUACCGAGGGUUAAAGGGAGAGAAUGGAGAAAAAGGAUUUUCCGGCUCACCAGGCCGUCCAGGAUCGGACGGGGAGCCAGGACUAGAUGGCAUGAAAGGAGAUCAAGGUGAAGUAGGCCCUCGUGGAAAACCUGGACAUCAAGGUGCCCCAGGACCGCCAGGGCAGAAAGGGUUGAAAGGAGCACCAGGUCUCCCGGGCAUAGAUGGAAAAGAUGGUGAAGUUGGUCGAGUUGGUGAAGAUGGAAUGAAUGGAAAUCCAGGACCUCAGGGACCAGCAGGAGACCCAGGGAUAUAUGAUGAAAGAUUAGAUGUUCCACCUUUGCCUGGUGUGAUGGGGGCACAAGGUCCCGUAGGUAAACCCGGGCCUAAAGGUUUUCCUGGUCGGGAUGGAUCAAUUGGACCACCCGGGUUUAGAGGACCGCCAGGGCUUCCAGGAGUAAAGGGAGUUCAAGGAAAAAUUGGUAAUCCUGGAAUUUCUCCUAAAGGCGAACCAGGAAAUGAUGGUUAUAAGGGAUUACCUGGUCCACGGGGUCCCAUGGGCUAUUCAGGACCACCAGGUGUAGAGGGCCCUAAAGGGCAAAAAGGAUAUACUAUAUUUGGUCCAAAAGGUGAAAUGGGGGAUGAAGGAAUAAAUGGAGUACAUGGAACACGUGGUGAUCGUGGAGAAAUUGGUUUGAUGGGCCCUCCGGGUAUACCAGGGACCGGCGUGGACGCGAUAGGACCUCCGGGAGAGCGAGGUCGUCCGGGCUCCCCAGGCGACAGUGGUGAUCCCGGAUUUCCGGGUAGGCCUGGUCUGCUCGGCCCAAAAGGCAUUCGAGGAGAUGACUGUCCAUAUUGUCCAUCAGGAACACCGGGAAUUAAAGGAAAGAAAGGUGAAAGUGGUUUAUUUGGUCAAAAAGGUUAUCCUGGUUUACCCGGAUUAGCCGGUCAGCGCGGUUUACCAGGAUACCCCGGCAGAAACGGCACUAGAGGUCAAAAAGGUCCGAAGGGUUUCAAAGGAAAGCAAGGACCCGCCGGUGAAGAAGGUCUAAAGGGAAGAAAGGGAGUAUUGAGAAGACCACCAUUGCCUCAAAUCGCGAAAGAAAAAGGAAAUAUGGGAGAAAGAGGUUUACCUGGCACAUCAGGUCUUCGAGGAGAUAGAGGAUUGCCUGGAGGUUGGGGUGAAAAUGGUCCGAAAGGAGUGAAAGGUCACAGAGGGGAUCACGGGCGACCUGGCAUGCCGGGUCGUGAUGGGUCCCCGGGCGACGACGGGAUACCCGGUCAACCCGGCCGAAAUGCCACUACACCUAUGAGCUUCCUUUUCGGUCAAAAAGGAGAACCUGGUCCUAACGGUGAACCGGGUAACCAGGGCGAUACGGGAAGAAAGGGAGAUCCUGGUGAUUCAUCUGGUUUCAUAAAUCUUAUGAAGGGAGAUAAAGGCGUUCAGGGCCCUGUGGGCCCUAAAGGUUACACGGGCAUGAAAGGAAUCAUCGGUGACCGAGGGGAGGAUGGGUUCCCAGGUUUGAGUGGAGAUAGGGGUUUACGAGGUCUGGCUUUAACAGGAGAAAUAGGAGAAAAGGGUCAGCCCGGGGAAAGAGGAAGCAUAGGUGACUUUGGAGAACCCGGACCUCCUGGUCCACAAGGGCCUGCAGGGUUUCCAGCACCCAAAGGAGUAAAAGGCUCCAUAGGAGCCGUGGGUCCCUCAAUUAUUGUAGGCGAUAGAGGUGUUCAAGGACUACCUGGUUCUCCAGGAACUCCAGGCCUGCAAGGUUACCCCGGUAUACCAGGGCAGCCUGGAUCUUACGGCAUUAAAGGAGAAACUGGACCUCCCGGUGACAUGGGACGUGAAGGAAAUACAGGCCUAACCGGGCGCAAAGGGUUUCCAGGUAUUCAAAGACCAGGCCCGCCAGGAUUACCCGGCAAGAAUGGGUUCCCAGGUCGUAUGGGCCUAUUUGGGGAACGUGGACCCGAUGGAUCACCAGGCGAACCAGGAGACAUUGGCCCGAAGGGAAUGAUAGGAGAAGUCGGGGCCAUAGGCAAACAAGGAAUGCAAGGAACACCUGGAGUAGAUGGGGUCCGCGGUUUCCCAGGAUAUAUAGGAGCUCCUGGUUUAGCAGGACAACCCGGCGACCAAGGAGAUUCUGGGCCACCAGGUUAUGAUGGAGAACCAGGACCCCCUGGCAAUGAAGGUCGCAAAGGAGAAAAAGGAAUCAAAGGAGUGAUUGGCAUAUCAGGUCCCCAAGGCUAUGAUGGUGUUCGAGGGAACAAGGGAAUUAACGGUGAUAUAGGUGAAUAUGGCGCCAAAGGUGAGCGUGGAGAAGAUGCGACGCAUGGAAACAAAGGAGAUACUGGAGAUUCUGGUUAUGACGGCAGGCCAGGGCUGCCGGGCCAAAAGGGGGCUAAAGGCAUAAAAGGCGACAUAGGGGAAAUGGGAAUAUCUUUAACGGGCGAGCAGGGUGUAAAAGGAGAAGAGGGUCCCGAUGGAUUUCCAGGAGCACCGGGUAUUAAAGGUGCUUCAGGAGAAAGAGGUGACGACGGUUAUUCAGGUGUAAAAGGUGCUUUAGGCGACAAGGGAUCUAUCGGUUUUCCAGGUUUCCCGGGAAGAAAGGGUUUAGAUGGAAAUCCAGGCAGACCAGGAGUCCGAGGCUUACCUGGCGAGGUCGGUGAAAUAGGUGAUGAAGGAGAUGAAGGUCUACCGGGCCGCAUGGGCAUACCAGGACUUCAGGGUGAUAGAGGACUAAUAGGACCAAAGGGACCUAGAGGAGAUUUUGGUUUAAAAGGACUUCAAGGAUCUCCUAGUUAUAGUUACCCUGCUCCUAAAGGCGAUCGUGGUGAUAGCGGAUAUGAUGGUGAACUUGGUUUACCUGGUGAUUAUGGAGAACCUGGAUAUCCAGGACCUAAAGGUGUUCGUGGUUAUAAAGGUGACCAAGGACAAGUUGGGUAUCCAGGGAAAAUGGGUCUGACAGGGCCUAGAGGCUUGCCAGGUAACCAAGGUCCUCCAGGUAUGCCUGGUUUACAUGCUUUAGACGGCAAAGGACUUCCUGGAGAACCUGGUGUUGAUGGUCUACCUGGAUGGCCUGGUCCUAGGGGUCAAAAGGGUGCUCCUGGUAUAUAUGGACCCGAUGGGCCUAAAGGUAUAAAAGGAAAUCCCGGGAUUAGCUUUAGAGGACCUAAAGGCCCAAAAGGAAUAGAAGGAAGUCCAGGACGUCGAGGCUUUUCAGGAGCUGUUGGUAUACCAGGUUUGGAAGGUACACCGGGUUUAUCGGGUCCGCGAGGAGAUUUAGGUGAACCAGGUUUCGCCAUAAGUCCUAAAGGACCGAUGGGUGAAAUUGGAUACAAAGGAGCAGAAGGAAUCAAAGGUGAAGUAGGAGAAAGGGGUGACACUGGUUAUCCUGGAUUUGGUGGAAUACAAGGCCCAAUGGGCUUACCUGGACUUCCCGGUGAGGAUGGCGAAAUCGGAUCUGAAGGCCUACCGGGUAUCAAGGGUUUAAAAGGAGAUAAAGGUGAUAUGGUUAAUCCAUGGGAAGUUUCUCAAGGGCCAAAAGGUGACGUGGGACCACAAGGGUAUCCAGGGGGACCAGGCCGAGAUGGAAUGGAAAGCAUAUCUUUAAGAAAUGGUAUGAAAGGGAAAAAAGGAAUUCGAGGCGAUCGAGGUUCUCAAGGUGCCGUAGGUUUCAUGGGAAAUCCAGGUCCAAUGGGCAGAAAAGGAAUUACAGGAUUAAAGGGAUUUGAAGGACCUCAAGGUUACAGAGGGCAACCAGGAAUACCAGCAGUUCGACCAGUUCCAAAAUCUAGGGGCUUCUAUUAUGCACUGCAUUCACAGUCUUCAAUGAUCCCACAAUGCCCUCAAGGCACUACACCCAUGUGGAACGGAUUCUCUUUGAUUCAUAUCGUCGCUAAUGCUCAAGCACAUGGACAAGAUUUAGGUGCUCCUGGAAGUUGUCUGAGAAAGUUUUCAACUAUGCCUUAUAUGUUCUGUAACCUAAAUAACGUCUGCGAUUUUGCCCAAAGAGAAGAUUACAGUUUUUGGCUGUCCACCGAUGCUCCUAUGCCCAUGGCAAUGACUCCAAUUGAAGCUCGAGAAGUUGGGCUAUACAUAUCUAGAUGUCAAGUUUGUGAAUCGCCUACUCGUAUGAUAGCCAUACACAGUCAGAGUAAUGAAGUACCACGGUGCCCUGAUGACUGGGAUCAGUUAUGGAUUGGAUAUAGCUUUUUGAUGCAUAUGGCGGGUUCGGACGCGGCGGGCCAGAGCCUGGUGUCGCCGGGCUCUUGUAUGCAAGAGUUCCGCACGAGACCGUUCAUAGAAUGUAACGGCCUCGGAAGAUGCAAUUACUUCGCCACGGCGAUCUCGUAUUGGCUCUCCACGAUAGAAGACAAUAAAAUGUUCCAAAAACCUGAACAGCAAACUCUUAAACAGGAUCACGUAAAUAGGAUAAGCAGAUGUGCAGUAUGCAUGAGGAGGCCACCAGCACGGGCCAGCAACACGUACCAGUACACGGGCGGAAGCCCGUCAGUGACGUCAGUGCCCAACGCUUACAUACGCGGCAACUACCCGCGCCGCCACCGCCUACGCCCACACCGCGGAGGACGCCACGUACGAAGACACCCCUGAACUAUAUUAAUCCCAUUGUGAUACAAUAUUAUAUUUAUCUCGCGCCCGCGUGUGUGUCGAUUCAUAUAACACUCCCACUGCCAUUGUAUUUAAGUGAAAUUAUAUAUGGCUUAGGAUUUCGGAAUAUCAUCACUAUUUAUGCCAAAAGUUACAGAAAUUGUUUUUUUCUUUUGCGAACAAUUUAUCUAGGUAUGUUACUUAGUAAAUAUUGUAGCCUUUCGUUUCCUCAUACAAUCCUAUUGUAAUUUCUUUAUAAUGUUGUCUCAUAAGUUAUAGAACUUGUAGUAACUUAUAGUUAUGGAACAUGUAUUAAUACGGCUAUAAUCAAACGAAUCAACUCAUGACUUCGACCGAGAAUAAAACAUCUAGUCGCUACUUUACAUAAUAAAAUAUUAAAUUCAACUUGAAUACACUAGUUUCAUUUUCAAAAUAUAAUUUUAGAAGAGAUAUUUUACAAUCUUGUACAUAACUUCUAGCUGUUAUUAAUAUGUAUUUUAGAUAAUAAGUUAAUUCAAUUAAUAAAUUACAUUUAAAAAUUGA